CUUGUGUUGGGUGUGGUGAUCAGAAGUGUCCUCCACAGUAAAAAUCCACCGCACAUGAUGAACAUCGUCACUCGCAGCCAUGAUGGGACUGGUGUCCGCAGUGAAGGCCUGCAUGGGGCCCAAUGAGUACGCGGAGGUGCCGGACGGAGGCUGGGGCUGGGUGGUGGCCGCUGCCUUCUUCCUGGUGGAGGUCUUCACCUACGGCAUCAUCAAGAGCUUCGGGGUCUUCCUGCAGGACCUCAUGGCCGAGUUCAACGAGUCCAACAGCCGCGUCUCCUGGGUGGUCUCCAUCUGCGUCUUCAUCAUGGCCUUCACAGCUCCGCUCUCCACUGUGCUGAGUAACCGUUUCGGUUUCCGGCCGGUGGUGAUGGUGGGGGGGUUCCUCAUCAGCCUGGGUACCAUCUCCAGUGGCUUCACCAACUCCAUCAACGAGAUGUACAUCACCAUCGGCAUUGUCUCAGGCCUGGGCUACUGCCUGACCUUCCUCCCCACCAUCACCAUCCUCUCGCAGUACUUCAGCCGCCGACGCUCCAUCGUCACCUCCGUCGCCUCCUCGGGGGAGUGCGUGGCCAUCUUCGCCCUGGCGCCAGCCUUCACUGCUCUAAAGGAAGUGAUUGGCUGGCGUAACUGCAUGGUGGUCAUCGGGGUGCUGCAGGCCAGCGUGAUUGGCUGUGGGGCCCUGCUUCGUCCAAUCAUCAUUAAUCCCAAAGACACCAGUAGCGACAGCUCGUCCAGCUCCUCCCCUCUGAAGGGCCCUCUGAGCAAGUAUACGGAGGAGAAUGAGUUCACAUGCACCUCACUGGGCUCCGUGGACUCGGGAGUGCAGUCACUCUCCGCCUCGCGCACCCAGCUCAACAACACAGGCCCACAGGAAGUGGCUGCAGCGGGUACAACAAAGCCCUCCUCAGCUGACAAGAAGAGCCUCGCUCAGGAGGAGCAGCAGGCCUGCUUGACCAAGGCCAAGGGUGAUGAGGGACAUGAAGGGAACAAGGCGGCCAUCUUGGAAUCAUCCAAGCCCACCAGCACCACCACCACUGUUGCAUCUCCCUCCACCACCACACCCAGCCCCAAGCUGUUAGACUUCUCGGUGCUUCGCGAUGGCGGCUUCGUCUGCUAUUCGCUCUUCGGCCUGUUCGCCACGCUGGGCUUCUUCGCGCCGCAGCUCUACGUGAUGGAGCUGAGUGUGAGCUGCGGCGUGUCCCGCGAGGCCGCGCCCGCCAUGCUCUCCACCAUGGCCGUGGCCGAGAUCCUGGGCCGCCUGUCGGUGGGCUGGCUGCUGGUGCGCCUGGCUCCCGUCCUGCGCAAGGUCACCGUGCUGCUGGUCUUGGUGCUGCUGCUGUGUGUGGUGUUGGUGGCCUUCACCCUGGUGACGGAGUUCUGGGGGCUGGCGGUGUGCUGCGCCCUCUACGGGUUCCUGCUGGGAACUGUCUGCUCCACCCAUAUCCCCAUGCUGGCGGAGGACGACGUGCUGGGAAUCGAACGCAUGCCCUCGGCCGUCGGAGUGUACGUCUGCAUCCAGAGCUUUGCCGGGCUGGCCGGACCGCCUCUGGGAGGUUUCCUGGUGGACGAGACGCAUAACUACGGCUCUGCCUUCUACUCGUGUGCGGUGGGCAUGGGCCUGGGGGCCCUCUUCCUGGGCCUGAUGAGGCCUGUCAAGCUGGGACUCUGCAGGGGCAGGUGCAGUGGCAACGAAGGAGACAGAAGUAGCAGCAGCAGCAGUAGCAGCAGCCCCUCGCAGAGAUCCAAAGACAUCCCUGUGGACUUCCUGGAUGUGGAUCUGGGAGUGGAGGGCAGCCCAGCCAAAAGCAAAGCCAAGGACAACGGUGUGGUGUGAGGCAGCAGAAUGGUUGCCUGACUAUCAUAGACUUGCAAUCGCGAUACGAUUUGAAUCCGCCGCCGAAGGUGUUCUGUUGCGUCACUAGGAGGGCGCAGCCUGGCUAGCAGAAUGGAACAGUGCUUCAUACUCUGAGACAUCCAUAGGACCAAGUGGUGGACUUGUGGCCAAUGAAGAAAAGGCAGGAGGAGGUCUAUGCUGCUGUAGAUUGAGAAACAGACAUAAAUAAAACACUGUAUACGCGUUA